ACCUUAUCUUGAAGCCAUAAUCUCCAACUCUUUCAUUUGGUUGUUUUAAAGCAAGCAAGGUAAUUUGAGAACCAAAAAACUACACAUGCAACAACAUGCACCACACCACACUUCAAAUGAAAAGUCUUCCCAUUUCUUCAUGGCCAAUAUUUAUGCCAUCACCAUUGCCAUCUUCUCUUGCAAAUCACAAUUACUCAAGCUUGUGUUUUUAUUCCCUCAAAGAUUUGGAUUUGAGAAAAAGAGGCACAACAGUUUUGUGCUCAGCAAGGAGGCAAAUUAGAUACCAAGAUGAAAAUGAAGAUAGAGAUGAAGAAGAGUAUGGUCACAAUGAAGAGAUUACAAAGUUGGAGAUUUAUACUCAGUCAGCAAAAGGAGAAGCACUUCUUGUACAUGCACUUGUGGACCAAGAGGAAGUAGAAUUGCUUAUCUUCAAGGGGUUCUCUUCAUGCUUGAGUUACAGUACCUCACCAGAUCCAACAAGAAGCAUUGUUCCAGCGAGGGCAGUGAUAGUGUCCAUAGAUAGAGUGAAAGGACCUUUUGAUCCUUCAAAUAUAGAGUAUCUGCAAAAGGGUGUAACAUGGGAAGAAUUCAAGACUAAAUUUCUCUCUAAUUAAGGAGCAUGUUAUUUUGUUCUUAUUUUUUCUCCAAGAUGAAAUAAUAGUUUUUGUUUUAUUUUUUAA